GCGCUCUCCAUCCCUCAUCCGACCAUGGCGUUGGCAUACAAAACCCGUCUGCCACAUUUGCUUUAGGCCAGCAUAAUACUUCCACCAAAACAUAAACACAAUGAGCACCGCACCCAACCGCACCCUGAUGGUCGGCGCCGCUGCCGCCGCUGCAGGCCUAGGUGUGUACCUGGUCCGCUCGUCUGCUGGGUCGAUGACCUCCACCGAUCCUCGCGCGAAGCAGCCGGAGGACGCGAAUAGCACGAUGCAGCAGUCCGUAGGCGACGUGCGCCAGAAGACGGCCGCUGCUACUGGGGAUAGGCCGAGUAACGAUCGCUGAGGGGGCUCAUCCGUGCACGCCGUUUGUAGCGGAUUGAUUCAGAAGAUGAAUUGAAGAGUGUAAUGUAAUAAUACCUGUAACGACGUUGCAUUGAUUGAUUUGCUUGUGGACCUG